GGACUUGGCUAGGCUCCGAGCACGAGGUUCUAGGCUGGAGAUCAGAGCGGGAGCCCUACUCUCCACCCCCAGCCGGAGGUCUCCGAAAACCCCAACAACGGUAAGGACUCCGCCUCCUCGCUCCUCCCCCUCUCUGGAUUAGUGAGGGUUCGUUUAGGUGCUCACUUUCUAUUCCCAUCGCUUUUCGGAGUCUGGGAGGUUGGGCCAGAGUUGAGAGAACAGUAGAGGGGGCAGCAGGAUGAAUGUGGGCACGGCGCACAGCGAGGUGAACCCUAACACGCGGGUAAUGAACAGCCGCGGCAUCUGGCUGUCCUACGUGCUGGCCAUCGGGCUUCUCCAUGUCGUGCUGCUGAGCAUCCCCUUCGUGAGUGUCCCUGUUGUCUGGACCCUCACCAACCUCAUCCACAACAUGGGCAUGUACAUCUUCCUGCACACAGUGAAGGGAACACCCUUUGAGACUCCAGACCAGGGCAAAGCAAGGCUGCUGACCCACUGGGAACAGAUGGACUAUGGAGUCCAGUUCACGGCCUCUCGGAAGUUCUUGACCAUCACACCCAUUGUGCUGUAUUUCCUCACCAGCUUCUACACCAAGUACGACCAGAUCCAUUUCAUCCUCAACACUGUGUCCUUGAUGAGUGUGCUCAUCCCCAAGCUGCCCCAGCUCCAUGGAGUCCGGAUUUUUGGAAUCAAUAAGUACUGAAGGGGCCACCCCUGUCCCUGCCCAGGCUGGCAGGGGUGGGGUAGGAAGGCCUAUGCUGCGAUGCUAAAGACAGAAGGAGCCUCUGGACACUGCCGGAGAUGGGGGCUGAGCCUCUGGGCCUGGUUUCCCCCUCACAUCCCCCAGUAGCCAACUUGGAGUAGCUUGUAGUGGGGUUGGGGUUGGCCCCCUGGGUUCUGACCCCUUCUAUUUUUUUUUUUUUUUUAAUCUUUUCCUUUUGCCUUUUGAAUAGAGACUCUGUGGGGGUGGUCAUGGAGUGGGCUGGGCUCCUGGGCUGAGCAUGGAUCACGAGGUCUUGACAGGAGGCCAGGGGAAAUACCCUUGCUCACUUGUAACCCUCAGGCGGCCGAAGCACUUUAACUCCUGCCAGGGGAGCACAAGGGUGGUACCGCUUUGGGAUUGUUUCACUUUAAUUCUUAAAUCUUUCGGAUGACACUCAGUGUGUGCUUGUAUGUAUGAAAGCUGGUGUGUGAGGGGGCCUCAUCCCCUUGUGUAGAGAGCUGUCUAAUCCAAGUCUCAGGCUUUUGGCAGCUUCCCUACAACCCACCCUGGGGCCUGGUUGGCUCUGGAGAAGGAAGAUAGGGAAGAGUAUGGAUGGCCUGGUCCCAGAGGUGGGGUGACCAGGGCUGCUGCCCUCCUGGCCCUGGUGAGGUUAGGAAGCGGGGUGCGGGGAGGAUAGUGAGUUGAGACUUAGAAGAAGGGAGUUGGAUAGCAGCAGAGGAUGGGGCUGAGAGGGAGGGGGGAGGACACAAGCUAGUCUCAGUCUCCUCGAGUACGGGCAGGGAGGGCAGCCCAUUUGGAGGGUUAAUUCCUGGCAGAACGGUGAUGGUGAUAGGGAAGGGAGGCUGCUGUGGGCUUGAAGCUCCUGGGCUGGGGGAGGGAGUAGACAAGAGAGCAAGAGGCCUGUGAGCCCAGGUCCACUCUGGUACUGCUUUCUGCAGUGGCGUGAGGGGUGUAGGGAAGCCUCGAGGGAAAUGGGGGAUGCUGUGGUCCUCCGCAGCUCGUCAGCCUGUAGCCUCCUUGUGCACACUGGCACUGGGCAGGGCCUCUCAUCCAGUGUGCACCUGUGGGGCCAUCGGGCCACCUUUGCACAGGUCGGUGGGCUAGAGCAGGCCAGCGGAGAGAACUAGGAGUGGCCUGUGGGUGCUGUCUCCUCAGCCUGAGGAGAAGAAAGGUGGGCCCUGAGCCUCCCCAGUCCAACUAGGGGUGGUGUUACUAGGGUUGAAAUGGAGCGGGACAUGUGUCCUUGCCUAGGGGCCUGAAGGAGAUGAGGUCACUGGCCCUCGUGCCCCACCCCCACCCCAUGUAUCAUAGGGAACUUUCACCUCAAAAUCUUUCUAAGCAAAGUGUGAAUAGGAUUUUUACUCCCUUUGUACAGUAUUCUGAGAAAUGCAAAUAAAGGGUAAUGUGUUCCUGUUUC